AAUUCAACACGGUUGGAAGUCUACGUGGCAAAUCGAGUAGCACAAAUACAACGUAUUUCGAACGUUAAUAAUUGGAAGUAUGUUCCCACAAAGGAAAACCCAGCUGACUGCGCGUCCAGGGGUUUACUUCCAGAACAAUUAGUUCGUCACACGCUUUGGUGGAAAGGCCCACCUUGGCUCCAAAAUACUUCCGAUACAUGGCCAACUUUCCCCAAUGAAGUUUACUGUGAAGAAAUCAAUAACAAUUAUGCUGUAUCUUUCCACACAAAAACAACAAGUCUACAAUAUCCCGAAAUCACACUUAAAUACUCAAAACUGUCAACUAUGAUACGAGUGACGUCAUAUAUUCUACGAUUUUAUAACAACGUAAAACAAAAAUCCAAAGUAAGCAGAGAGAAUGGAUUUUUGAAAACUUCUGAGUUACAACGAGCAUUACAAUUACUCAUAAAACAAACACAGGCCGUGUGUUUUCAAGAAGAAAUUCGCUGCCUUACACAAGGAAUGAGGGUUCCUAACCAAAGCAGUAUUGCAAAAUUAUCACCGUUCUUAGAUGAAAAGAACAUUCUACGAGUUGGCGGUAGAUUGUCAAAUGCAUCUAUACCCUACAACACUAAACACCCGAUUUUGCUAUCGAAGCAAAAUCCUCUUUCUUUUCUUCUAUUUUCAGAAGCACAUAUGAAAACAUUUCAUGGUAGCCUCCAGCUAAUGCAGUCCUAUGUGUCUCGUGCCUACUGGGUUGUUUCUGCUAGAAACAUAGCAAAACGUGUCCAACGCCAGUGUGUCGUCUGCUUUAAGUAUAAAGCUCAAAUAUGUCAACAACUAAUGGGCAACCUGCCCUCUGUGCGUCUACACCCAACCAGGGCAUUUAAACAUAGUGGACUAGACUAUGCCGGCCCAAUUAAUAUAAAAACAUCGUCACUUAGGACAGCAUCAACCACAAAGGGCUACAUCUGUCUUUUUAUCUGCAUGUGUACCAAAGCGAUACACUUGGAAGCAGUGACAAGUCUAAACGUCGAUUCAUUUCUAGCCGCAUUCAGGCGCUUUAUCUCUCGAAGAGGUUUAUGCAGCGAUCUUUAUUCCGACUGUGGAACAAAUUUCGUGGGUGCCAACAAGGAACUUCAAGUCCUCUAUCAACGUAAUAAAUCGUCACUGCCCGAGCAUCUUGUAGAAACGCUCGCAAAUCAAGGCACUACCUGGCACUUCAUUCCCCCCGCUUCACCCCACUUCGGAGGUUUAUGGGAAGCAGGAGUGAAGUCAACAAAACAUCAUCUGCGCCGCAUAAUGAGAGACCGCAUACUUACCUACGAGGAACUCAGCACACUUUUGGCGCAAAUUGAAAGUUGCCUGAAUUCUAGGCCUUUAUGCCCACUGUCAGCAGACCCCGCUGACUCCGAUGCCCUCACACCGGCUCAUUUUCUAAUUGGUGAGGCCACCAAUUGCAUUCCCGAAGAAGACUUGCUUUCUGUGAGCAUUGACCGCUUGAGUAGAUGGAAUUGGUCGAACGCCUCAAGCAAAACUUUUGGGAUCGCUGGAAUAGAGAAUAUUUGUGUCGCCUUCAAUCACGUCCAAAAUGGAAUAAAAUGGAACGAAACAUCAGAGUAG